AUGAAAUUUUGGCAAAAAGGACCUGGAGUUCCUGGUGGACAUCAUGGAGCCUUGGCAGCAAAGAAGGCCAGAAACCUUCUAGUCUGUGUGACCAGGUGCACACUCAGGAGACUGAGGGAAGUGAAUAUCUCCCUCUGCUCAGCACUUGUGAAACCACAUCUAGACAAUGCAUCCAGUGUUCAGUUUAAACUGGAGGGAACUCAGCAGAGGGCUGCUGAGCUGAUCAGGCAGGAGCACUUGCCCUGUGUGGAGAGGGCUGUUAAACCUGGAGAACAGUUAGCUUUGGGGGGACCCAACAGCAGCAGCCCCCAGAACUUACGGGGAGAUGAUCGAGAAGACAGAGUUUUUUCAUUCACUCACCACAGAGCUGAUAAAGCAGAUGAUGAAGACGAUGAAGAUCUAACAGUGAAUAAAACAUGGGUCCUUGCGCCAAAGAUUCAUGGUGGGGAUGUAACUCAUAUACUGGACUCCUUACUUCAAGGAUAUGACAGUAAGCUUCGGCCAGAUAUUGGGGUGAGAACUACAGUAAUUGAAACAGAUGUCUAUGUUAACAGCAUUGGCCCAGUUGACCCAAUCAAUAUGGAAUACACUAUAGAUAUAAUUUUUGCCCAGACUUGGUAUGACAGUCGUCUAAAAUUUAACAGCUCAAUGAAGGUGCUUAUGCUUAAUAGCAAUAUGGUUGGAAAAAUUUGGAUUCCAGACACUUUCUUCCGGAACUCAAGGAAAUCUGAUGCUCACUGGAUUACAACUCCAAAUCGUUUGCUUCGAAUCUGGAGUGAUGGAAGAGUAUUAUACACGCUAAGGCUGACAAUUAAUGCUGAAUGUUAUCUUCAGCUUCAUAACUUUCCUAUGGAUGAACACUCCUGUCCACUGGAGUUUUCAAGCUAUGGAUAUCCCAGAAAUGAAAUUGAAUACAAAUGGAAGAAAACUUCUGUUGAAGUGGCAGAUCCAAAAUACUGGAGAUUGUAUCAGUUUGCGUUUGUAGGGUUACGAAAUACAACUGAAAUUUCUCAUACCUUAUCUGGUGAUUAUAUUAUUAUGACAAUCUUCUUUGAUCUCAGCAGACGUAUGGGAUAUUUUACUAUUCAGACGUACAUUCCUUGUAUACUCACAGUUGUUCUUUCAUGGGUGUCAUUUUGGAUCAAUAAGGAUGCAGUUCCUGCAAGGACUUCUCUGGGCAUUACGACGGUGCUAACCAUGACAACGUUGAGUACAAUUGCCAGGAAGUCACUCCCAAAGGUUUCCUAUGUGACAGCUAUGGACCUUUUUGUUUCAGUUUGCUUCAUUUUUGUGUUUGCUGCGUUGAUGGAAUAUGGCACCUUGCAUUACUUUACCAGCAACAGAAAAGGGGACAAAGGAAAAGAAAAGAAGGCAAAAUCUAAGCCAUCAAAACCACCUGCAAUUGCUGUUCGACCUGGAUCAACACUAAUACCAAUUAAUAAUAUUAAUCAUCUCCCUGAACGUGAUGAUGAUUAUGGAUAUGAGUGCCUAGAAGGGAAAGACUGUGCCAGCUUCUUUUGUUGUUUUGAAGACUGCCGCACAGGAUCUUGGAGAGAAGGAAGAAUACACAUCCGUAUUGCAAAAAUUGACUCCUAUUCUCGAAUCUUCUUUCCAACUGCCUUUGCAUUGUUCAAUCUUGUUUACUGGAUCGGUUAUCUUUAUCUAUAA